GUUCGAGUUCGAGCGGUACACAACUUGGGUCUGCUCCGCACUGUUGUUGGACUGCGAGAAGCGAGAUAUUGAUAGUUUCGGCAUUGUCGUAUCAAAAUAAAGUGAACAUUCGUUUGAAGGCAACCGUUUAGACAAGGCGCGUUUUAUUUUUAUUGUUAUUAAUAUUAUUAUUGCGCUGCUCUCCAAUAUAGACCAAACGCAUUGUCAACUUUUAUUAGUACAUUUCUGAAAAGUUUCAAGUGAAAAUAAACAGAGUGUAGUAAGAAAAAUAUUUUUUUUUCUGGGUGACACUGCACUCGAUGCACUUUUAGUGUGUUUUUGCUCAACGGCAAAAUCGAUUGAUAUAUCGAAAUUAGGCAUUCGGCCAAGACGCUGAAAAUUUUUCCCGGCAAGGAAAAAAUAAUUCAAGAAAUCAAAAAAAUGAAAAUACGUAAAAAAGUAUUCUAAAAUAAGUGAAGUGAAGUUUAUGACUACUACAAAUAAAGUUGACAAAGACAGUGAAGUGAAAACAGUGAACUGUAAGCAUUUACCAGGUACAAUAAAAUAUAUAAAAAUAAUUAGCCCUUGGUAACCUGAAAAUCAUGUGCUGAAGGUGCUUAUGCAAUAUGUGUGUGAGGUGCAUGAUAGUGAUGAUAUGAAUAUAAAUUUGUGCUAAGCUCUCCGCAUCCUUGCUACUGUUUUGAACUUAAGCAAACGCGACAAAAAAAAUCCCCGCCUCGCACUAGAAGAGGGCGAGAGAAUAUUUUCUCUUCCUAGGACUCAGAGAACCCGUGCACCGUUUUGGUCAACAUGAAUUCGUAUUUUGAACAAACUGGUUUCUACGGUCAUCCGCAUCAAGCGGCCGGAAUGAUGACCACAACCGGAACCCACCACGAUCAGACUACGGCAGCUGCAGCGGCCGCGUAUAGAGGCUUUCCACUAUCCCUUGGAAUGUCCCCCUACACCAAUCAUCAUCUGCACCAGAGUCGAUCGUCACAAGAAUCGCCCUACGAUGCCAGCUUACAAGCAGCAUGCAAGCAAAUUUACGAAGGUUCCUAUAGCACAAAGGAUUGUGGGAAAACUGGCGGCGGAAAUGGAACCACAGAUACCACCAAUGGCUACAAGGAUGUGUGGAAUUCGACAAACACGAGCGCCACCAAUAGCAACACUAAUACAGCGACUGGCGGAAAUGUACCUGCACAGCAAAACAGCUCAGUUCCUGUACGACCCUCGGCAUGUACGCCAGAUUCUCGCGUCGGAGGCUAUAUUGAUGCUUCUGGUGGCAGUCCUGUUAGCAGAACAGGUUCCACCGCUGCCGGUGUUACCGGAACGUGGAACACCAACCAAUGCUCAUUGACCGGUUCGACCGGUGGCCAACCAGCGCCAACUACUGGUCUACACCAGUCGAACCACACGUUCUACCCCUGGAUGGCUAUAGCAGGUAAGAGAUACUCAGAAUCUCUUGCGGGCACACUUCUUCCAGAUUGGAUAGGUGCUAACGGACUACGACGACGGGGCCGACAAACAUACACCCGAUACCAAACCCUGGAACUGGAGAAAGAAUUUCAUACCAACCACUACCUGACCCGUCGGCGCCGAAUCGAAAUGGCCCACGCAUUGUGUCUGACAGAACGGCAGAUCAAAAUCUGGUUCCAGAACCGUCGGAUGAAGCUGAAGAAGGAAAUUCAAGCAAUCAAAGAAUUGAACGAGCAGGAAAAGCAAGCCCAAGCUCAGAAGGCGGCAGCGGCAGCGGCAGCAGCAGCCCUGCACGAGCAAAACUAGGGGUUAGAUCAUACCAAUCACAGUAGUUCUAGUAAUUAUUUAUACUAACUUAAGUGGGUUCUAAUGUUUUUGGUUAGAGCGUCAAGCUAUUUUUCUGCAAGGAAAGUUGUUUUAGUUCUUUUACAUUUGUUUAACUGACGCGUUAUGUUUUAUCUUUAGUUUCGUUUUCACUUUCGAAGAGUAUGCGUUUUGUUUUUAAGUAAAUUAAAUUUGUAAAAAGAAAUGUUGCUAAAGAGAUUAAUUUAAAAAUACAACUACUAAAACGCUAGUGAAAGGUAUAUAAAAACACUCUACCCCUGUUGAGUGCUACUCCCGUAUUUGGGGAUGUGUUGUAAAAAGAUUUGGUUCUAAGUAACACGGGGAAACAUUGUACAAAAAUUCUGGUAAAAGCCAUUUCUUAUUCUCAACUUAAUCUCAGUUGAUCCUUUGUGAUGUGGUAUUUGCAAUACAUAGAUUUAUCAGUACUUGGAAAUUAAUACGGCUAAACUGAACCAUGUAAUUCUACAAUUGUCCGCCUUGCUAAAGCCAGAUUUCUUUGUUCAAUAAGUAGAAAUAAGCCUUGUUAUCUCUAUCAGUUUUUAGGUUUUAUUUUGUACAUAAACAUUAAACCUUUAUACUAAUUUGCAGCACUGGACUGUAGGUUCAACAAAAUCGUACUUUUUUCUUCAACUGUAUUCUAUCUUGUCCAUCCACUACGUCUAGUUCCCCAUUGUCCAAAAGAUAAAUCGACAACAAACAUACGUACAUUUUUGUGACAUGAAACAUUUUUCAAACUCUUACCAUUAUCAAUGGUUGAAACUGUUCCGAGAAACAAAACAAAAUACCGUAGUAAUGUAUUGUUCAUGUACUUAUUUAUUGGAGGGAAGCUCUUGUAAAUAGCAAAGGCAUCAAUUUUUCCUCAUCAAUUUUAGUGCAAUAAUUUUACUGACCGAAAAAAAAACGUCUAUGAAAAUUACAAAAAAAUAUCGUCCAACGGAAUGAUGAUAACAAUACAAAUUUCACUAUUGAAGGCAAAUCUACCAAACGAAACCCCUAUCUGUCAAGAAUAAAUCAAAGCUGCAUGUGUAGUGAAAGCUCGUCGUAGUGUAGUUUAAUCUCCACUUUUUAGACCCACCCCACAAGAAAUAUAAUGAAAAUGUCACGUUAUCUUUUCUACCCUAAUUAUUUUCACCAGUUCCAUUUAAUCGCAUUUUUUUUCCUUAACAUUUCGUGUCUUCGACUCGUCAGUGCAUAAUAGUUUAUGUUGAAUUGUUAUGCCAUCUAGCAGCUUAACAUAAACCGCUAGGAAGACGUGAAGCUCAAACACUGUUUGGGUAGUAACUUUUUCGAAUUACCGAAGGUAAACUGAUUUCGAUUUACUGGUUGAAUUAUGUAGUGAGCAUUUAAGGGUAAGUUGAUUUUGGUGCUUAGGACUUAUAAGCGGUUUUAUUUUUCCUUGUACUUCGUGAAAAAUGUGAAUGAGGCUCUAUGCCCUAAGCGUCAAAAAAGGCUAACUCAUGAAAAAUCAUUAUUAUUGUUUUUUUUUACUCUCAACCGAGAAGAUGAUUAUAAGCCAAAAUAUUGAAUUGGUAGGAAUACUUAUUUUUCCUACCGUAUGACUGCAGUAUCGUCUUCUAUCAAACCAAUAUCUGUAAUUAUUUCAAUCUAAUCAAUUAUCCAAAAACAUUCAAUCUCAACGAAACACUCACCAACCCAGUGACAGAUGCUCCUAAUUGUGUGAAGGCAGAAAAGAAUGUUGAUGAAGCAUACGUAACAAGCCGACAACAAAAGUAAAAACAAAAUGUAUACGUAACUAGGUGUUAAGAUAAAGUAUAUUUAAUAUAAAUAAAACAAUUAAAAAGCAAAAUGAAACGCAAAAAGUGGAAAAGUUACAAAAAAAUACACAAAAAAUGCAAAAAAUAAUUUAAAAGUAAUGGAAUGAUAAAAUAAGUAAAUAAGAUUUUUAUAGUGGGUAAGUAACUUAAUUGGAAUGAAAUACUGAAGCAAGACACAAAAAUCACAUAAAACAAAAGUAAUAUAUUCCAGUGAGUAGAAGAAAAGAUUAGGGCUGUCAAUAUUUGACGACAACAAAUAAGCAAGUGGACAGUUCCUAUAUGUGAAAAAAAUGGAAAAUAAAUCAUUUUCCCUGUGUCGAAUGAGCGCAUGAAUGUUCAUUGAUUACGGAAAAACUAUGGCGAAAUAAAUGACUAUAAAAAAUUAACAAUAA